CAGAAUGUCAGAUGUAAGACCGGAACUCUCUCUUGUCAUCCCUCCUCGGUAUCCGACCUUCCCCAGUGGUCCUUUGAUGGCUCCAGCACUUCCCAGGCCCAAGGUCAUGACAGUGAUGUUCUCCUGAAACCAGUCAACUUCUAUAGAGACCCUUUCUUCCUGGGUAACAGUAUCCUAGUGUGUGAGACGUAUGCCAAGGACGGGACACCUCACACUACAAACAAGAGAUACUCUUGUGACAGGAUAAUGGAGAGAGUAAUGGAUGAGGAGAACUCAGAGUUUGUCAUAGAGCAGGAGUACACUCUACUGGACUACGAUGGCCACCCGUUUUGCUGGCCAAAGUCGGCCUACCCUGGACAGCAAGGUCCCUACUACUGUGCCGUGGGAGCCACCAACGUCUAUGGGAGACAGAUAUCAGAGGCCCACUACAAGGGGUGUCUGUAAGCAGGGCUGUGUGUGAGUGGCUCCAAUGCAGAGGUGAUGCCAGCUCAGUGGGAGUACCAGGUUGGACCUUGUCCAGGGAUCGCCAUGGGAGAUGAACUAUGGGUCUCCAGGUACAUCUUGCACCGUGUGGCGGAGGAUUUCGGAGUGAUAGUGACACUGGACCCCAAACCCAUGCCGGGAGACUGGAACGGGGCAGGAGGCCACUGCAACUUCAGCACCUCCAGAAUCGGCUAGGAUUGCUCGUGCAGAUACGGUCAUUGUGUGCU